UGUUUUUGAUGUAACACUCGACCUCGACUAAACAGCUGAGUGGAAUGUCAUUGAAGUGUUAAAUAUAAAUUAAAUAUCGGUAACAGUCCGGUAAACUUGAAGUGACUGGGAUUUUGUUCAGAUGGUUGAUCUUAUCCAGGUGAUUGUCCUUCGUUCCUGAGCUAAGUGUGUCCGGCUAUUACAAUAAUAACCAAAUAAACCGCACCGACUAGUUUCAGCUUUGCGGAAGUUACAAGUCUAACUUUCAAAACUCCAUCGAACCAAACAUCUAACUCGGGCUCGUACUGUUACAAAUCAACUUUUCUACUCUCAGAAAUUAUAUAUUGCACAAACUGUUGUGUGCAUUGCUGCAAUUAAUUAAUGAGCUGCCUCAUAACUGACCGCUGGCUAUAAUCCGGUAGGUCGCAGUUUAUAGAAAUGGCUUUAAUCUGCGUUCGUUUUUCUCAAACGGCCCCAUGUUCACCGACCCUCAGCCGGCUCCGGACAGUACUGCUGUGGCCCAAACAAACUCCUCACGUCUGGAGCUCGGCAAGUCCAUGGUACCGCUCGUCUGAUUUCCGAUCAGCCGCAGCGUUGUGUUGGACCCGCUCUCCUGUUUACCACAAAACUGUUUUCCCGAGCCUCCUUUCCUCAGCUGCAGUCUGUGUCCGACAGCUUCCUGUCAACAAGCUGUUUCACACUUCCGCUGGACUCCGCGCGCAGCCAGCUGUGCUCCUGUGGCUUCUGGCCAAAUCUCUGCAGAAGGUCUCAGCCAUCAUCGUGGGAAGAAGCAUCAGGAAAUGGUGGCAGUCUUUACCGCCCAAUAAGAAGCAGUUAUUUCGUGAGUGGGCGUGGCAGCGGCGAUGGCAUAUAACAGGAGUUGGCACAGGGCUGAUGCUCUUCAUCUCGCUCUUCUUUCUCACCUACAUGGAAGAGAGUCCUGUGACUGGCAGAAGCAGGUUACUGGUUUUCAGCAAGGAGAACAUUAUUAAACUGACAGAGUAUGCUUCAGAAAUGUACUUGGAGGAAUAUAGGAAUUCGUUCAUCCCUGAUUCUGACCUCAGGCAUCAGCUGGUUAAGCGAGUGGUCCAACACUUGGUUGAAAGAAACCAGGAUAUUGAAGGGAUGAAUUCCAUACCCUGGUCUGUUCACCUGAUAGAGGAUCCCAUCAUCAACGCUUACGUCAUGCCUAAUGGGAUGAUAUUUGUCUUUACAGGAAUGCUGGAAGCUGUUCGAGACAUCCAUCAGCUGGCUUUCGUCCUGGGGCAUGAGAUGGCCCAUGCGCUGAUCGGUCACAGCGCAGAGCAGGCUAGUUUGUCUCAUGUACUGGAUUUGUUAUCAAUGAUCCUACUGACGAUGAUUUGGGCAAUCUGUCCUCGAGACAGUCUCGCUUUGUUGGGCCAUUGGAUACAAGGCAAACUAGUUGAGGUCUUGUUUGACAGGCCUUACAGUCGGAAACUGGAAGCAGAGGCUGAUCAGGUUGGACUGCAGCUGGCAGCUAAGGCAUGUGCAGAUGUGAGAGCUGGGCCUGUGUUUUGGCAGCAGAUGGAGUUAUCUGAGCAAUUACAUGAAGAGCCCACUGUGCCUGAGUGGUUGUCCACUCACCCCUCCCACCGCAAUCGCAGCACGCACCUUGACCACCUCAUCCCAGAGGCUAUAGAGCUCCGUGCGAGAUGCGGCUGCCCUGCUCUUUCUGACCCCGAUCCCCGGGAUGUCUUUUCCAAGGCCGUACAACUGUUGCUCAAGAACACAGAGAAAGAAAAAGCAAAAGAGUUGAAGGACAGAGAACGAACAGCAGGAACACCGCAGAGAGUCCAGCCCAUUGGGGCAGCGUUGGUUAUAUCAGCUCAACAACAGACUCUGCUCAGUAAAGAAGACUUGACUCACGUCAGACUGCUGCCUAAAGAGGUUUAACCAAAAAAGUAAUGAACACUAGAAGGGUCAUUUUAUAUGAUGCGCUGUACUUUUAUUCAUCAGUACUUUCUGUUCCCAAGCAAAUAAUCAAGUUAUUCCACAAAAUCGAGUCGUACAUGAGCUGAUAGCUGACGAGGCACGUAGCACCGAGUCGGCCAUAAACCAUGUAUGACGAGAUUGAGUGGAAUAAAUGUUUUAUUCUAUCCACAUUCACUGGAUUUUGAGAAACGGAGCAUUUUUAUUUUUUGCAAAUUUAAUAAAUAACUUUUAUACGAAACGUCCGACAAAAUAAUUUCCGCUUAGUAGACUGUAAACAAACUGGUGAAAUGACAGUAGCAAUUUGUGAAAAUUUGUAUAAUAAUAAUUGUUGAAAAAUAAAGAAAGAUGCAUUCUUACCAGGGCGGCAUGGUGGUGUAGUGGUUAGCGCUGUCGCCUCACAGCAAGAAGGUCCGGGUUCGAGCCCCAUGGCCGGCGAGGGCCUUUCUAUGUGGAGUUUGCAUGUUCUCCCCGUGUCUGCGUGGGUUUCCUCCGGGUGCUCAGGUUUCCCCCACAGUCCAAAGACAUGCAGGUUAGGUUAACUGGUGACUCUAAAUUGACCGUAGGUGUGAAUGUGAGUGGGAAUGGUUGUCUGUGUCUAUGUGUCAGCCCUGUGAUGACCUGGCGACUUGUCGAGGGUGUACCCCGCCUUUCGCCCGUAGUCAGCUGGGAUAGGCUCCAGCUUGCCUGCGACCCUGUAGAAGGAUAAAGCGGCUAGAGAUAAUGAGAUGAGAUGAGGCGUCCUUACCAUCAUACUUUAUUUGAUGUUUUGUUUUUUGUAUUUUUUGGAGUUUUGUUUUCGAGUAGAGUUUUUAUUUCAUCCUCGGUUGGUUCAGCAACAUGCGCUGCCAUUUUGUUUUUCUCUACUCAUGAGAAGUAUGAGCUGAUAUCCUUGUAGUAGAGUAGCCAAUCAGAGUGCUCUAGAGUGUGCGAUUGCUCAUAUAUCCAGUGAAUGCGGAUAGAAUAAUAUCUGUUAUUGACAACUCUUCAGUUUACCUUCUUUGGCAGCCUUGCAGUAAUAGAAUGUAAUAUUGGUUGUUUGGGGAAAAAAAAUGCAAAUUACAGAUGUGAAUUUAAGUGAAUAUACAGAUAUUGGACUUGUAGCCAGCUGUGGCACGUCCGUUUUACCCGACCGCCACACGAAAUUUUGCUGUGAGAAAUGUGAAACCUGUGAAGUAAUGUAUAAGAUGUACACUGUUACUUUCGAUAUGAAUGUGAACAUUAUAUGAACAAGGCAGCGAUUGCAAUCAAGCGUCUGAUUAGCUUUAAUGGUAGGAUUAGCAUAAUAGCCCUAUGCAGAUGAAACUUUAAUUGAUGCAUUUAAUUUAUUCACUAAAGGCCAGAAUCAGCCUUUAUAUCAUGUUCAGGUGGUGCUAGCACUAACCUCUUCAUGGUAGAUACAGACUGUAUCUGUGGUGUUCUGGAAGGGACUUGUGCCACAAAGGAUCCUGUUUUUUGCUUAUACAUCACAGCGUUUCAUCUUCAUGCAAAAGUAUUUAAAAGGAAUAAUUAAUAAGCUAAUUUGAGAUUAUAAUAAUUAACAAAUGAGACUGGUCUAUGUAAAUAGUGGGCAUAUGAUAUUCACUUGUGUCAGUAAGGCUGGCAUUAUACUUUGUGUAACCGCAUGUACUGUAUGUGUGCGCAACAAUGUUUACUCGACUGUAUUUGGGGACUUGAAAGGUAGAACCACUAGAGGGCGAGUCGGCGUCCAUAGCAACCUGUUAAAGCAAUUUAACAUCAAAUAUUUUGACAAGUACAGUGGGACUGCUGUAGCUGUGGUUUUAGUUAUAAAACUGUUUACCCUGGGCCAGAAAUAUCAAGCGGAAACACCAGAAUCCCGUUCAUUUGAGAUAGAGAGAGCGAGAGCACAUUCGCAUAACUUUUCUUCCAGCACAUUGUUAGAAUUGUUUUAUUUUAUUAUUAGUUACUGUCAUUGUGUGUGUGUUUUCUAAAUCAAACUAUCAUAGGUAUAAACAAGCUUUAUAUUUGGUUCGCUACUGUCCACAUUUUCAGCUAUCCACGUUAGCUCUUGGAACGUAUCUCUCUGCAGAUAUGGCGCUCCCAUUGUAUAUUUAUUGCUGCGAAGCAGCAUGGAAAUGUCCACCAUAUCCAGGUCAUUACAGACACACUCGCUCAGAUUUGUUCAGUCUGUUGCUGAUCUCAUGUCACUCAUUGUCCCAUCAGUAUUGCAUCUUGCAAAUGCAAGAAUUCAAAUUCUCAGGACGUCCGCGACCACUCCAAUGAGUGACCUCACAAUAGGUGGGCAGCCAUGUUGUGCGCACACAUACACGGAGUUAAAAUAAAGUAUAACCCAGCCUUAAGAUGACCUGAACUUUGUAGCACGUGUUUUUGUUUUUUCUGUGUAUAGCCAGGGUUCCCAAACUAGAAUUCUUUACUGCACAUGGGGGGUUGCUUGAUUUACAAAUGGGGUCACGAAAAACUCAGUCUCGUCUUUUUGGAUGAAUUAGUAUCAAUUUUUUUUUUGGCAUAUAUUUACUGUGAGUCACAUUCAAACCUUCAAGCUGCAUUUACAUCAAGAGUUCAACACUGACGAUUUAUUAUGCAGGAAGUCCAACAUUCCCACUAGACUGGUAAAUCGGUGCAAGGAACUUUGUUUGUUUUAAAUCACUUUUUCCCACACAUGUUGCUUACACAAUGAAAUGUUGACUUGCUACUGUAGUCGUCGUGUGGUCACAGAUUGGGAUCGCAGAAAAUUCAUAAUGUCCAUUUGGGUUUGUUUGGUCAAAUGGUUUGGGGAACCCUGGUGGAUAGGUAAAUACUUUGCUCAGGGAUUUUCUCAUCACUUUCAUUGUAACUCAUUAAAAAAAGGGUGUAUUUUUGGAUCAAAUUAUCAUUCGACUACAACAAAAGAAACACUUCUAAACAAUGCAGACAAUAUUUUUUCUUUUUAAAACGUGAAGUCUUUAUAUACCCAUAUUGUGUUUUUCUAUAAGAAUGAGCCAGAUGAUCGCUGAGGUUAAAGGGAAAAGAAAAACAAACAUUUUUACUAUUGCCAUUUUCGGGUGAAUGUGGAUAUUAAAAGUUGAUGUUUCUCAUCCCCGGUGUUCUGGUAGACUGUCAUGAGGCACUCGGAGCAGACCUGCAGUGCCCGCCGGCAUCCGGGUGCUUAUACCGUGCCAGUAUCUGGCCAGUGUGUUUGGGUGAAAAUUGGUAGCAUGGUCUAAGAGCUUCCUUUGCUUUUGAACACGCCAUGGGCCGGCUGUUCCCACAGGAGAGCUGAAGCAGAAACUCAUUACUAGCUGUAAAAUUGCGUAAAGAACAUCAAGCUGCUGGCUGUCACCCACCAAGUCAAUUAGAAAGAGGAGAGGAGAAGAGAGGCCUGGAGGGAGUAUGAGGAAGAGGGGAGAAAUCUGGAAAAAGAGGGAUGGAUUUUUAGACAUGGGGCUGGAGAGUGAGUUGGGGAGAUGCAGUCCACUGUAAUUUGGACAGUUGUCCUGCAGAUCAGACAUGCCAGGACUUUAUAGAGGGUUUGAUGGCAUGUCUUGUCUUCAGACUUUUAAACAUCAGGCUAGCAUGCUUGCUGAAUAGUCCGAUCGAGAAGAGCCAUCUUUGGACUGAUUGAUCUCAAGUACUGAAAUGAGUUGUUUGUGCCGGAGGAACAAGGCACGUACACUUGGUGGCAGUAUAAAGUACUGUAUACAUAUAAAAUGUGAGCUAGUAUUCAACUGAUACACUUGGACUUUGUGAAAACUGGAUCUGAGUAUCCAGCAAAAGAGAUCUGUCAAAGUUUUGCUAUGCUUGCUAUCAUGAUUGAGAAUUUCAAUUAGAUUUUGUUUGUAUAGCGCUUUUAUCA